UCCCUCCUUUAUAAAGGACGGUUAUCAAAGCGACCGCCAAGAACGGGGGAGGGAGAUAGGCGACUUUGGAAUCAGAAGCUAUAGAGUCUUUGGGAUUCUUCCAGGGAGCCUAUCUAGGGUUUCUUGUUUCGGCAAAGGGUCUAUGGAUGUGCCGUUGCCCCUGCAUAAACUUUCGUUGCCAUACGCGGACGAAGCCGACCCAGUGUACGCCUCUCCAAGGGAUCAAGUUGUUGUACUGGUAUCAACUGGGAGUUUUAACCCUCCAACCUACAUGCAUUUGCGCAUGUUUGAACUAGCGAAGGAUGCACUGAAUUCCAGAGGAUUUUUUGUUAUUGGUGGAUAUAUGUCACCUGUAAAUGACACAUAUGGUAAAAAGGGACUCGUUUCUGCACAGCAUAGGAUUCACUUGUGUGAGCUGGCCUGCAAGAGUUCAUCAUUCAUAAUGGUUGACUCAUGGGAGGCACAACAAAGCAGCUACCAGCGUACAUUGACAGUUUUGGGCAGAAUCCAGAGAUCCCUGGUUGACAGCGAAUUGAUUCCCAAAGAGUCUCUCAAGGUCAUGCUUUUGUGUGGUUCUGAUUUACUUGAAUCUUUUAGCAUCCCUGGAGCUUGGAUUCGUGAUCAGGUCAGGAUAAUCUGUAGAGAUUUUGGAGUUGUAAGUAUUCGUCGGGAAGGAAAAGAUGUUGAAAAGAUUAUAGCCAAAGACGACAUCUUGCAUGAAAAUAAGGAUAACAUAGUUGUUGUUGAUGAGCUGGUGCCCAACCAUAUAAGUUCAACAAGAAUUAGGGAGUGCAUAGCACGAGGACUCUCUGUAAAAUAUUUGACGGCAGAUGAAGUAAUCGACUACAUUCACCAGCAUCAGCUUUAUGCAAAUACAGAAGAAAAGCAAACACAAUAAAACAAGGCGUCUCCCUCCCCUCCACCAACGCUCAGAUGACUUUUCUCCGCUCAGCUUCAGUAAUGCAGUUGGUUCAGGUCGAAACCUGAUCUGACUUGCUUUGUUUAUUUACUAGCCUCAACUGCCACAGCGUGAUUAUUUGCAACGAUUGAAAGGUCAAGUGUUGUAUCCCUUAUUCCAUGGACAAAGCUCGACUGGCUGUGGAUCUACCAACUAGCAUUAAGAACAAAGGUUUGUGCAUUCAAACAGUUAAUUAUCUUAGACGUGCUACAUAAUUUAGCAUGUCGAACAACUUAAAAUUAGGAGUGAGAAGAAAAGCAUUUCCGAGUUCUGAAAGCAAAUGAUGUUUUAGAUUGGAAUUUAACCUGGUACCAGGUAAAUCUGAAUUGCUAUGUGCGGCUAAUGCAAGCUCUGAGCUGAAUGGGCUUUAUACAGAAAUGAGGGAACCAACCAAGCAACAAGCUUGCGUUGAUUUGCUGCGAUACUUAACAGCCUCUUCAGUCCAAUCCAUGUGCUGCAGGAAUUUCCUCGUGCCUGAUUGCCUUCGUUUUCAUUUCUGACAAUGGCUUAUUUGCGUGACUUGGGGAGCAGAUAAUAGGGAGGACAUUGGUGUUUGAAUGCUAUCUCUGGUUUAUAUCGUAGCAAAGGGGAACGGGUCGGUCAGGUGCUUUUGUUGUCGGGUCGAAACCAAGUCCCGUGCAUAGCUAAAUGCUUAUUCUUCUUUACCAGAUUCGACGCGCACCUUCAACUUGCCUUCUGCGUGCAUGGAUGGCUGGAAGUAAUUAGUGGUCUGCAGGUGCAAAAGUAAGCCUGAAUUUUUAAUUCAUGUCUCUCAAUGGAUAUAAGAUACUAUCAAUCCGUGAUGGAUACGGGAUGCUUUUGUUCUUGAGGAUGGGCUGAUGCACGGCCAGGGCCUAUUCCAUUUGGUAAAUUCCCGCUGCCUCUUGGUGUGUUGUGCAGGCAAUGGAGCAGUGAGCAAUAAAGGAAUCAUUUAGCUGGUGCUGACAUGUCUUAACAGGGAAAUAUUCAUGCUAGAUAUGUCUCUAUAGCCCAUUUUAACUAUAUUCUUGUGAAAAAUCAUGGUUCUGCAAAAUAAUGAAUGAAUGUGCUUCGUAGCUGUUGAGCAAUGAAAAUU